AUGACUCCUCCAGUUGGGAACACACUAUCAAAACUUCAGAACAAUUGUGAGGGUGUUGUGGUUUUACUUGUGGAUGAACGUUCUCUUGUUGGUUGCUGUACUCUUGGAUGGAUGGAAUACAUGUGUCGUUAUGCUAUGAACUCUGGGUCUUUCUCAUCUUCAUCAUGGGGUGGUCUACCAGUUGUAGUUUUCUUGGGUGAUGAUGUACAGCUUCCCCCAGUCUGUGGUUCUCCUGUUUACAACUGUAAAAGCAACAAAUCUGCAUCCCUUCAUGGUGCCCUUGUGUGGAAAGAAUUCAAUGUGGCCAUCACACUUUCAAAUAUUAUCCGUCAAAACCAAAAUGAAACUCAACUGAAAGACAGUUUGAUGGCACUGAGAGACUACAAACUGUCCCCUGAACAAGCUAAGUGGCUUCAAAACUUUCAAUGGGACACAUUAAAAAGGAGUCAUGGACAACCACUAUUGAACAGAAUGUCAGAAAACAGUCUUUUUGUAUUAACAACACAUCCAGAUGAGUGGGCCCAUAAUAAACAACAACUAUUGAAAGCAAACCAAUUAUCCCCUAUUGCAAAACUACAAGCUGUCGAUCAAGGUCAACAUUCCAAGACAUCCAAUGAUUCUACAAAUAGUCUUCUUAAAACACUAUUCUUGUGUAGAGGGGCAAAAGUCAUGCUAACUGUAAACCUUAAUGUAAAAUAUGGACUUUUCAAUGGUUCAAUGGGGGAAGUAGUUGACAUCCUCUACUUCAAUAAUAACACUCCAUAUGGAAAUUUUCCUGAUGUUGUUAUGGUUGAGUUUACAAAGUAUACUGGUCCGCCAUUUCUAAAAGGUCAUCCAAAACUUGUGCCAGUUGUUCCUGUUGAAAGAAAAAUUGAUUGUCAUUGUUAUAGUUAUAAAAGAAAACAGAUUCCACUUAGAUUAGGUUGGUGGACCACGAUUCAUAGAUGCCAAGGUAUGACUAUAGGAAAAGGGGAGGCCAACAGAUACAUUGUCAUUCAUCCAGGUAACAAAACAUUUGAAGCUAGAAAUCCUGGAGCAGUGUUUGUAGCACUCUCUAGAGCAAAGUCAACUGGUGUGGAUAGAGAGGAUCCUGAUUUUGCUUGGAAUCCCAACAUUCUUGUAAAUGAAGACCGACUUUGCCUGCAAGUCAACACGGAAACAACAAAGGCACGAUCAAAGGAAAUUGAUAGAAUAUUUAAACUUUCUCAAAAAACUAAAACAAACUAUGCCCAUUUGCUAGAUACAUCAAAUUUUUCAAACAUUGAGUACUCAAUGGAAGAAAAAUAA